AUGACAGUUCCAACUAAAUUAGAACAUAUAUCUUAAGUAUCAUAUAUUUCUUUGACAAAGAAAAUUAUUUUUCACGACGGUAGUGAUAGUAUUUUCAUUUGUCCAUAUACAAGCGAUGGUAGUAUUAGCUUCAUGAAAAAGAGAAUAUCUUUUUCUAAGAUAACUAAUAUUUUUUAGCUCGAUAAGUAUAUCGUCAUAUAAACCAAAAGAGAAUCAGAAGGUUUUUAUAUUUAUGACUCAAUAAAGGAAAGCUUAGAUUCAAUAAAAUGUCUCUUACCCUAAACAAACUUUUAGCUUCAAUAAGUUAAUAAAAAUGAUGAUAAAAAAGUAAAUGCUGUUUUUGAUUUUGAAAACUAAAUUAUAGUCAGGUUUUAAUAUUUUGAAAUUGAUGCUUGGAAUUACUCAAAAGAGACUUAGUUAUUUUAUGAUGAUUCUUCAUUGAAAAAGUAUUUAGAUAAAUAAAACACUUAGCUAAAUGAAGUUUUAGAUAUGGCAAUUGAUAAUGUGAGGGGAAUAUUUGUCACAAUAUAACUAGAUAAAACUAUAGCAGUUUGGGAUUACUGGAGUGGUAUUUUAAUUACUAUCUAUGAAGAGAUAGAAGCCCCAACGAAGAUUUUUUACCAAAAAACAACAAAAAUAUUUGUAAUUUCAGAAUAAACAAAGAUUGUAGUAUUAUCUAUAGUCAAAGAUGCUAACUAAGAUUUAUCAGUGUUUAGAGAAGAAUUACUUAAGCCUUUUAAUAUCAUAAACAUAAAGCUAUUGGUUGAACCUUUAAAUUUAUUUCUUUUGAAGAUCUAUAAGAUUGAUAGUUUGACAUCUGCAAAGAUAGAUUACUUAAAGUUUUCUUAAGUAGAAGGCCAACCUCUCUAAAAAUUCAUUAAUCUAGAUUAGGGAUAUCAAGACAAUUAUUAUGAUUAAAUCAAUAAAAUUUUGAUUUUAUUCUAUUUGUCGAAUAUAUAAAUUUAUCAAGUCGAAUACCUUCAAAUUGAUUCAAAGAUGAACAUAAAUACUUAACUUCUAUAAACAAUUCAAAUAGCUUUUAAAUAAUAAUACCAAUUACAUGUCAACUCUAACUAAAAACAUAUUUUUAUUGCUACCUCUACUAGGCUGUUAAACUAUAGUUAUAAAUAUUUUAAUCUUACAAAUCAUAUUAAUUAUACAAAAUAGCAUAUUUAAAAUGUUUAACUAAAACAAAUAGAAGAAACCAAUCUGAUCAUUUUGUAUAAUAAAUAAUUCUUUUAAGCCAUUGAUACUAACUCUUUUUAAAUUCUUAAAACCUAUCUCAACAAUUUUAAUUCUAGCAUUUUGACAGUUUCGAUAAAAUCAGCAAACAUCCUCAUAGCACUUUCAGACUAAAGAGUAAUUAUACUUGAUUCUUCAAGCUUAUUAUAGCCCAUUUAUGAUUUCAGCUUAAGCUAACAAGUAAGUAGUUUUAUUGAUUACGAAGAAAAUAACUAGCUUGCCCUAUUACUUUUUAAAGACGGUACAAUAGGGAAAUUAAAUACACAGGCUCCUUUUUAAAUACAUCAUAAAAUUGCCAUUUUAGAUAAUUAAAUUCAAGGUUUAUCUUUUUUCUAAAUGGAUAAUGAAUAAAAUACUAUCUAUUUCAGUGAAUACAAUUAAAAUCAAUAUUAAUUAUCAUAAAUUAGUAUUGAUAAUUUAUCUUUAUAACAUUAUAUAAUAAAACCCCUUACAUGGAGUAAAUAAGAAUAAGCUUUUUUGUUAUUUAUUUAAAUUUUGAACACACCUUUACAACCAAAUGAUUAAAAUUAAUCCAAAUUACUAUAGUGUAUAGCUUUCUAAUUAAGAAAAAACUAGAACACUAAUUAAAAUUUCAUAGACAUGUUUCUUUACGAUUUCAAUAAUUCUUAAGUUUUGAAAUAUAAAUAAGGAGUCCAUAACUCAAAUGUAACAAUAGUUAGCCACGGUGCUAUACAAAUCAAAGCUGGUAGUUAGUAAAUCUUAAUAAUUAUCACUUAUUGUGAAUCUGAAAAUUAAAUUAAGUUAUGGAAUGCUUUAACUCUUGAUCAGAUAAAUCCCACUUUAUAUUUAAAAUAAAAAGUAGAUAAAUUUAUUACAGAAUUUAAUUCUGCUUAGAUUUUUUUUACUCUUCAGAAAAGUUUAACCAUUUAUGUAUACAGUAUAACUCAGGCGAAAAUAAUAAAGGAAAUUUCAAGCUUGAUAAGCUACUGUACUUCGCUGAUAGUAAAUUAUCAAUAAAAUAUAUUUAUAGUGGGAGAAUAAGCUGGUAGAGUGUAAAUUUUUUAGUAAUCUUCUUUCCUUCCUAUAGCAAUUUUAACUCAAAACUCAGAAAUUACCUUACUACAAACAGAUUAAACUUAAAAUUACCUUAUUGUUGGAACUUCGUCAAACAUAGUAUAUGUAUAUAAGAAAUAAAGAAAUGACAAUGCUUUUGAAGAUCUGCUAUCUUAUUAGUUAAACUACGAAUUAUAAUUCUUAGAUUAAGUAACAAAAGUAUUCAUCUAAAAUGAAUUUAAUAUUAUGUUUAUUUGCUAGUAAGGUCAAGUGAAAGCUUGGAAUCUUGAUUAAGGCAAUUUAAUUGGCUCUGCUUUGAUUGAUAAUUAAAAUACCAUUGUUGAUUAAAUAUUUUUUUCUAUAUAUUCUAGACUCUUAAUCAUUUGUACAAAAUAAAGUAUUAUUACUUUAAAUAUGUUCCAAUUUACAAAUCCUGACUUCAUGCUCAAAACUAUGCAAAUGAAAAAAUCUAUUUAGCAAGCAGUUUACUUCCAAGCAAAUAGCCUUUUGGUUUAUUCUUAAAUUGUGAGUAAGAAAAGCGUGGGGACUGUAGAAUUUUGGGACUCUCAAAUAGACAAAUUUAAAUUAAUUCAUUAAGGUUUCAACUGUAAACCUAUUUAGAUAAUAAAUGCUUUAGAAAUUUUAGUAAUUAACUGCUAAAAUUAGUUGCUAGCUAUCCAAAUAAGUGACCUAUAAACCAAAUCAGUUUUUUAAUUCAAGAGUUUUCAAAUAAAAAAUGAAACCAUAAUUUAAUCUAAGACUAACUCCAACUAUUUAUAUGGAAUAAACAGAAUUCUCAACAAAAUAAACUUAUAUAUUGUGUGUCUUGGAUAAGGAAACGAGAUAAAUAUUAAAAAAUUUUCUUCAAUACAAUUUUAGUAAAAUGAUAUUCAAAAGACUUAAGUUUAAAUGUAAACAAUAGAGGAUAUCUUUUUCUUAACUCAAGAUUUUCUACUUAUCUCAUACUACUCAGGUUAAAUAAUUGUUGUUACAUCUGACUUAAAAUAAAUGAGUAAUAUUAACUCAUAAUCCCACAAAUCUCAAAUCUAAGGGGUCAAAAUAUCAAUCUCACAAAAUGAAAAGAGCAUUAUAUUGUUUUCAUUCGAUAGAGUGGGAAUAAUUAGCAAAUUUAUUCUAGAAUUUGAUGGCUAAGCUUUAGCAAAUAAAUAAAAUGAAAAUCAACUUUGUUUUUAGGAUAGAGAAAGCAUUUAAGAAUACUUUAGCCCACAAAGCAAUCAAAAUAAUUGCAACUCAAUACAAUUCUCAAAUAUUUUCAAUCUAAAUCUAACUCUAUUAAAUUAAUAUGCUGAUAAAAGUAAUAUUUAAGCUCAACCAAACGAUUUAAUAAUUUCACAAGAGAGUGGCUAUAUAGCUUUCAUAAUUCCUAGAUUAUAAAGAUUGCAGUUUGUUGAUAUUUAGACAAUGAAACAUUGGAAAAGUAUAUUAAUACCAUUAAGUGAAUUUAAUUCCUAAUUAAUAUCAUGCAGCAAAUCUAAUAUAAUUUUAGUUCUAACAGACUUUUAGAUAAAUAUAUACUAAGUUUAGGUGAACAUUUAAUAGCCUAAAAACACUUUAACUAUAGUCUAAUCCUACUACCUAAUAGAUUCUUAAUUAGGAUAUUUCUAAAAGAUCAUUUACUUAUAAAAUAAAGUAUUUUUGGCAACUUGCUAAAAGGGUUAUAAGAUAAUAUAGCUUGUAAACAGUUUAAAUUCCAAAUAAAGAACAUUUCCCAAUUCUAACCAAUUAAAUAUUGAGUCAAAGCAGAUUACUUACUUAAAUUUUCCUGUAAUCUCAAAUAUAAAUGUGCUAGUUGAUAAUCAAGGAAACCAAAACAUCCAAAUAAGAGGAUAUCAUGAAAAAGGCUUGAUGAUGCACAUUAUCCCGAUUGAUUAAGGAUAAGAGAAAAUUUGUUAGCAUAAUAUCUUAGAAACUGAUUUCUUGAUAAUCUAAAAAACUCUGAAGUUUUUAGAAACAACAUAUGACACAACAGUAAAAAAUUUUGACUCGUUUUACAUUAUGAUUAGUUUGAACAUGAAGUAGAAGCUAAAAGAAUUACCUGAUUUAAAAUUUAAAUAUAAUAGCACCUUGCAUUUAAAAGGGUUAAGCAACUAAAAAAAAAAUAUUGAGAUUCCAUUUCAAAAUAAUAAAAAUCACUACAUUUAUGAUAUAGGAUUGUGGAAUCAAUUUAUCAUUGAAAAUGUGGUCUUGCUACCUCAAUAAAAUCAGAUUUAGCAAAAUAAAAAUUAUUACUUAAAUAUCACAAAUAACUAUGGACUAAAUUAAAAUAUUACGUUUAUAAACCUUGAUUUCUACUACACAACAGAUCCUACAUAGAUAGGAAUUAAUCCUCCUAUGAGUAAUAAAUACUUAUAAUAACCUAUUCAUCUUAAUAUUAAAAACAUUUCAAAUGUGACUUUUAUGAAUGUAAAUUAUAAAUACUAAUCUUUAAAUAACAGCAGCGGAAUCAAAAUAAUAAAUUCUCAAUAUGUAAAUCUACUUAACUUCAAUAUAGACUCCUGUUUUUUAAAUAAUAGCACUUUAAUAAAAAUAUAUUCUGAGACUCUUUUAACGAACAGAGCUGAAAUAAGUAUUUCUUAAAUUUAAGUUACUAGAAGUGUACUUUCUUAAUCUAAAAUAUUCUUAAUAGAUAAUUCAAAUUAGCUUUUUAUUGAAAAUUUAAUAAUUAAAUAUAACCAAGGAAUUCUCUCUAAAAUAUUCUUUCUAGCUGGCAUCUCUAAUCACUAACAUUGCAAUACCCAUUUUUAUAUGAAUUCUGGAAUUUCUUAUUUAUACUAACAGUCUGCGAUUUUAUUAAAUGAAAUGUAUUCCCAUGAAUAUCAAAUAAAUAAUUCUUCUCUUAGCAUGAAAAACAUCUCAAUCUAUAAUAAUAACAUAACUGAUAAUUUAAUGGUAACAGAAUCUGGUUAGACAACUCUAUCAUAAAUUACAAUCAGAAACAUCUAAAAAACUCUUCUAUAGUAAUAGAUCAGGUUUAUUUAAUAAAAUUACUAUCCAAAAACUUCUGAAAACUAAUUAAAUAAAUACCCAUUCCUUUAUGAAGAUAUUUAAAAUGUCACCCUUCAUUUUGAGUACAAGCCUAAUUUGAAUACAUUUUUACUUAGUAAUUUUAAUCAAAGUUAAAAUUCAAUGUCUAUUCCUAACAUAUUAGUAGAAUAUGAUAGCUAAGUCAAAGAAUAUCUGCUAAGCUAACCAGAUAAAAUCAAUUCUUUGAUUAUUUUGUAACAGUAAUCAAGGCUAUUUGUUUAUAAGAGUUUUUUUGAAAACAUUAAAAAUUUUGAUCAUGUAAUUUAUGGAUAAAAUAUAAAUGCAAAUAUAGAUUAAUCUGUUUAUAGAAAUAUAAUUAGCACAAAUUUGAAAGGAAUUGUGUUUCUUUCAAAUAGUUAACUAAAUAUAACUGGUUCUAUUUUCAGAGAUAACUAAGGCUACUUCUGUACUGGAGUGUAUUUGUAGAAUAGCUAUAUCUCAUCUUAAGCUAUGGAAAUAUAUUAAAGUUCCUUUCAUAAUAACACAGCAAAAUUACUUGGAGGAGCAGUCUGUGCAAUAAAUGUUGUUUUUGACUUAAAAAAAAACAUCUUUAACUAAAAUUAUGCUUUAGUAGGAGGAAGUAUUUAUUAUUACUAUUUUUAAGUGAGCUAGUUUGUAAAAUAAAAUUUAGUUAAUAAAAUCAUUUAACAAAAUAAUUUCUUACAAAAUUAAUGUAAAAUAUUCGGAUAGAAUAUUGGCAGUCGUCCCAUUAAAAUCUAAACACUUUAGAAAUAGAUUUAAAAGCAGAAAUAAUCAGAGUACUAUUAUAGUAAUGUAAGAAGCGGAUAGUAUGCUGAUAUUAGCUUUGUUCUAUUAGAUGACGAAAAUAGGAAGAUUAGCAUCUAAGAUACGCCAUAAGCUGUAUUUGUGCUCAGUCUGUAAAAUUUUUAAAAUGUAAGAUUGAAUGACUAUUCUGCCAUAUAGUUAAUCCAUAACUAAACUUUGAAUGAGUCUGUCUUUUAAUUUACUAAUCAAAUAAUUGGUAUUCCAAGCAAAUAGUCAUCCUUAGAAUUGAAUUCAGCAUCUAUUCCCCCUCCUUUUAAUUAAUCAAACGAAAAAGAAACCAAUAUGCUUUAAAACAAUUUAAAACUAAAUAUAUAUUUCAGAGACUGUUUACAAGGAGAAGUUUAUAGCUAAGAUACUUUUAAAGAAUAUUUUACAUGCAGAUAGUGCUCUGAUGGUCUAUAUUCUUUGAUUGACCCUCUAAGUCGAGAGAAGAACAAUUAAAAAUGCAUGUUAUGUCCUCCCUAAGCAAGCUAUUGUUCUUUUAGUUAAAUAUACCUAAAUCCUGGUUUUUGGAGACUUAAUAACGAGACUGAUUAAAUCUUGGAAUGUGUAAAUAAUCCAAGUAAUUGUGCAGGUAAUGAUACUUGCAAAGAGGGUCAUUUAGGUCCUCUAUGCGAAGACUGUGACAUAGAAGGAAAAAUAUUCAAUUAAAAAUAUUCUAAGCUAAAUAUGUAUAACUUUGAUUGUAUGCCUUGUAAAAAUGAAAUAAAAUAGCAUAUAUUAAUUGCUGGCAUAAUUAUUUUUAUGAGCUUUUAUCUAUUGUGGUCGGUAAAGCAAACAAUAGAUAGGGCCAAGGCAACUAUACAAGUAGAAGUUAUGAGAAUAAUUAAAAUGAUCAGCUUAGGCAGAAGUUCGUUCAUUAGCUUGACUGCUGCUUACAUCAAAAUAGCAAACGAUUAUUUUUAAAUUAUAUCAGGUCUCAAGCAAGUCUCAGUUAGAUAUGCUGAUUUUAACUUAUUUGUUGAUUUUUUGGGUGAUUCAUUUAGCCAAACUUCAUUUUCUUUAGAUUGCUUUCUGAUCAAUAAUUUUGAAUUUUUAUCAUUAAAUUAUGCAAGGAUAAUAUGGAUACACUUAAAUGCAAUAUUUUACAUUUGCAUAUUUGCUAUAGUCUACAAAAUCUUAGUCUGUUUCAAGUUAGUUUAAUCUAAGUUUUAUACUUGGACAAAUGCACUCAUUUUAUUUUCCUUGUUUACUUAAUAUAGUAUCAUGUAAAUCCUAAUAUCAAGCAUAAGUUGCAGGUAGAUAGGUAAUAAAUCAUUUGUAAAGCUCUACAUUUCAAUGGAAUGUUGGGGAAAAGAUCAUUUAGAUUUGUUUGUUUCUUUGAUUUUACCUCUUCUUUUGAUUUAAUUAUUUUCCUUAAUCUUCAAACUUUACUUAUUGAUAUCUAUUAGAAAGAAGCUAAAUAACUUUUUGAAUAUCCUAAGAUAUGGUCUGCUUUAUUUAGAAUAUACUCCAUAAAAUUAUUUUUGGGAAAUUUUAAAGAUUCUCAAAAGAAUUCUUGUAACAAUUUGCAUAAACAUGUUUUCAUAAAAUAAUUAGAUAAAAGGGAUAAUGAGUACGUUGGUACUGUUAUUUUAUUUCAUACUUUUAAAUAAAAUGCAGCCCUUUAGGAAAACUUCUUUAAAUAACCUUGAGAAAUAUAGCACAUUAGUAUAGCUUUUACUCUAUUUUCUUGCUGUUUUAGAGUCAUAAAAUGAUAAAUACUAAAACUUUUUUGCUUAUUUAAUCUGCUCUAUAAAUUAUCUAUUUAUCAGCAUACUUGUUUACAAAGUCAUUAAGAAAAAUAAAAGUUUUGUAAAGUUAAAAUCUCUUCUUAAUUCUUGCCUUUAAAAGAAGCUUCCUAAAGUAUACUCUUGUUUUCAAAAGUAUUUUAAGUCUAAUCAAUCUCAAACCAGAAUUUUAUGGAGAAAUCUAGCAUGGGUAGUUGGUGACUUUUUAAAAAGAAGAAAAAAAAAUAAAAAUGCCUGUAUGUUUGCACCUUUUAAUUUAGGUGAAUCUACACCCAUUUAGAAAUACAAAUUAAAGGAUAUGAGAAGUUCCUAAUAGAUUUCACAAUUAUAUGCUUAAAAUAAUUUAAACACCACAGAAUCUCAUCAGCCUUAGAUUACAAAAGAUAUAUUAUAUUAAUAGUCUAUUUUCCCUGAAAUGAUCUAAAAUAGUACCACUCUUGAAAUGGUAUCAUCAAUAGAUAAAAAUACUAAUUUGAAAAAGAAGUCUUUGUUAAUUCAAGAUAGCAUUAUUAUUGAUGAUGGUAAUAACAAAAGCAGCAAUCCUAUUUUAAAGAGAAUUCAAAAAUCUAGCAAUAAUUCAUAAGUUGGUGGAAUACAGUCAUUAUCUUUAAAGAAAAGUAUAGUUUUAAGGAAUAGUCUCAGUUAAAAUGGGCCUCUUUAAUAAAAGUAAAAUAAAAAUCAAGAUAAAAUGAUUAAAUUAAGUAAAAUAAGCAACUUUGAAAUAACAUCUUCUGUUUAACAGACUACAAAUGAAAGCAAUUUUGAUAAAAAUACUGUUGAAACAACAUCUAAAAAUAACAUUAAUAAGAAUUAAAGCCAGUAAUGUAUUCCUUCUGAAUAUGAUGAUGAAAAUGAUAGCAUUUUUGUGAAAUAUAAUACUUAAUAUGUUUAAACAAUUUAAAACUAAGAAUAAAAAUAAUGUCAAAUUAAAAAAUCAGAUUGA